AUGAGUUCUGUAACACCACUUUACGAGAUUCCCACCCACUGCAAGGCCGGUGUGGUAGUGAAUGAGGGACCUGAUUUUCAUGUUGAGGUACAGAUGGUACCAGUUCCCAAGCCAGGGCCUGAUGAUAUACUCAUUCGCCUUAAUUUCACUGGACUCUGUGCAUCAGACAUCCACCUCAUGAAAGGAGAUAUAGGUUUUCCCCCAAUGUCAAAGUUUGGCGUGCGAUCUCCUGGUCACGAGGGCGCUGGUGUUGUGGUCAAAGUCGGAGCCAAUGUGAAGAAUUUCAGACUUGGAGAUAGAGCAGGCAUCACGCCACUACUUGAUACAUGCCACGGGUGCACUAAUUGCUGGAGCGGUAAAGAGACGUACUGCACGCAUGCUAUUCAUUCUGGCGUGAUGAGCUCUGGGACAUACCAGCAAUACAUAAUCUCUCCAGCGCGAUAUGCAUCUCAUAUACCCGAAGGUGUACCUGAUGAAAUCGCCGCCCCUAUUAUGUGCAGUGCAAGCACGAUGCAUCAAUCCCUCAUCGAAUCGGGUCUCACUGCCGGCUCUUGGGCAGUGUUCCCAGGUGGUGGAGGUGGUGUUGGGAUACAAGGUGUUCAGCUAGCCAAGGCAAUGGGUAUGCGACCUAUUGUUGUUGAUGCCGGCGAUUCUAAACGAGAAUUGGCUUUGAGAAUGGGUGCAGAGGCCUUCGUGGACUUCAGAGAAACAGCCGACCCUGCGGGAGAAGUGAUUCAGAUUGCAGAUGGAGUUGGUGCACACGGUGUUUUUGUCACAGCACCGGCAGCAUAUAAGACUGCCAUAUCCUAUAUCGGGGAUCGUAUUGGUGGGAUUGUCAUGUGUAUUGGCAUUCCUGCAUUGGGUACGAUGACACUGGGAGCUGAUCCUAUGAGUUUUAUUAUGAAGAAUUUGACGAUUCGGGGAACUUUGGUGGGCAGUCGUCGAGAUACUGCCUGCGCCUUGGAUUUUGCGAAACGAGGCUUGCUUCAUCAGAUUUGUGAAGUGUAUCCGAUAAACCGGUUACCUGAAGGGGUGGAGAGACUGCGGAGGGGAGAAGUCGCUGGACGUAUUGUAGUUAAUUUCAAUUUGGAGGAGUAG